AUGUCUGAAGUCAGCCCUCGGGCGCUGAAGCCCAAAAGCAGGGUUCACGAUGUUUUUCGCGGAACGAUAUUCCAAGCUGUCUUGCUGGGUCUCAUCAGCUUCACUCAACCCGGAAUAUGGACGGCAAUGAACAAUUUGGGCGCUGGUGGUCAAGCUGAGCCAUACGUCAUCAAUGCUGUGAACGUCAUCACAUUCGUGAUCAUGAUUGUGCUGUCACCGCUGGCGAGCAUGGUCGGGAACUUGGUUGGCAUGAAGUGGAUUGUCGUCAUCGGAACUCUGGGCUAUGUCCCGUACUCCGCUGCGCUCUAUUGUAACUCGAUUUGGGGGACGCAGUGGUUUCUGAUCUUUGGUGCUGUUACGUGUGGAAUUUCAGCAUCGGCACUUUGGCCUGGUGAAGCCGCAAUAGCUGUGGGCUAUCCCGAAGUUGCUCGUCGUGGUGUCUGUAUCAGCAUUUGGAUGGCUCUUGGGAAGCUCGGUUCCGUCAUCGCCACCGCGAUUCAACUUGCCAUCAACAAAGACAGCGACACAACCGGUGCCAUCUCACCUUCGACUUACCUGGUUCUCGUUGCAAUUCAAUGCUUAGGUUUACCACUUUCACUAUUGUUGGCACCGCCCGACAAGCUGAUCCGCAAAGACGGGAAGAAGCCCAUCUUUGCCAACUCUCAGCGCACAUUCAAGACGCAAUUUAGGGGCUUCCUCGCGCAGUUCAAACGGAAGGAGGUCUUGCUUCUCAUCCCGGCCUUCAUCACCGCGCAGUGGGGCGUCACGUACCAAGGCAACUACAUGGCUGCAUACUUCACCGUUCGCGCUCGUACUCUUGCGGGUUUCAUCAUUGCUGUUGUCGGUGCGAUAUCAAAUGUUCUUGCAGGGUGGUGGCUUGAUUCAAAGCACUUGAAGAGAACUACCCAAGCACGUUGGAGUUGGUAUUUCUUGUUGGCUCUCUUCACACUGGUUUGGAUCUGGAAUCUGGUCGUCCAGGAGAGAUGGGCAAGAAAGAGUCCUGGCGAAAUCGACUGGGUCAGUGAGAGCUUCGGCGAGGGAGUCACGAUUUUCAUCCUUUACCGCAUCGCCUAUGAGACUGUCGGCGUAUGGCUAUACUGGACUCUCGGGACCUUUGACGUUGAAGCGGACACCAUUGCUCUGUCGAUGGGUGUCCUUCGUUCUGGGGAAUCGUUGGGUUCGGCUUUGGCGUAUGCCGUCGGCUCUGUUCGCAGCGCCUCUUUGAUGACGAACUUGGUCAUAUCUGUAGUCGUAUUCUACGUGGGCGCACCAGCGACGACAUGGGCUGCCCUCCUUGUCAGGGACCGACUCCCAGGUGAAGUAUCUGGCCGGGACAGCGACGCAAAUAUUGCAAACGUGAACGUAGCCGAGCAAUCUGACGCGGAGCAGAUACAUAUCAACUCCGGGUCAAAAGCAUGA